AUGCUUUCUACCUUUCUCACCGGCAUCCUCGCUACAGCAGCCCUAGGGGCCUCCCUCACACAGGUGUCCAACUAUAACAACAAUGCCACCUCCAAGGCACAGAUGUAUAUCUACGUCCCCGAUAAUGUAGUCACCAACCCACCCCUCGUAGUAGUACUCCACUCGUGCCAAUCCUCCGCGCAAUCCUACUUCACCAACAACAAGAUUCCCUGGAAACAAGGGUCUGACAAAAAGGGUUACAUCACCAUCUGGCCCUCAUCGCCCAACUCCGGUACCUGCUGGGACGUCUCCUCCAAGCAAUCCCUCAGCCACCUCGGCGGCGGCGACUCCCAAGCCAUCGCCAGCAUGAUCCUCUACGCACUCGACCACUACAAAGCCGACGCGUCCCGCGUCUACGUAACGGGCGGUAGUUCGGGAGCCAUGAUGUCCAACGUCCUCGCCGCGACACACCCGGAACUCAUCAGCGCCGUGUCCUUGUACUCAGGCGUUCCAGCAGGCUGUUUCGUUUCUUCGAGUGGCGGAAUCGCGCAGUGGAAUAAUACCUGCUCGGGCGGACAGAUCAAAGCCACGGCCGACAAGUGGAAGCAGGUCGUGCUGGAUAUGUAUCCUGGUUACACUGGGGCGAGACCCAAGAUGCAGGUCUGGCAUGGGAGCGUGGACUCGACGCUGGCGCCGGCAAAUUAUGAGGAAACGAUCAAGCAGUGGACGGGGGUGUUUGGGGUUAGUCAGACGGCGACGGCUACGAAGGCUGAUACGCCGCAGGGUGGGUAUACGACUUCGGAUUAUGGGUCGAGUGUGGAGGGAAUCUAUGCCCAGGGGGUUGGGCAUAGCGUUCCGGCUAAUUUGACGGCGAGUGAGAUUUGGUUUGGGCUCUGA